CGAGGCCGGAUGCUGCCGAGAUAAGACCAGAGUUCAGGGAAUUCCCCAAUCCGACCUUGCACGGACAAAGUUGUUUGAUCCUGUGGUUUCCCGCCGGCAAAGGCGAGAUAGAUAAAGUUAAACAGUGUCAUGAACCCCCGUUAUGCACACUUUGCGUUUUUCAUAUCGCAGAGUUUCCUGUAGCUUGGGAAUGGUAAAGGCAGCGGGAAUUAAUGUUCCGUAUUUCGGCCUCGCUUUUCACGCGCGUUGCUAUGAAACGGUUCGGAUCCGAGGCGCGCGCCUGUAUAAUACGGCUCAUCCCCCCAUCCCUCAUCCUCGCGGCCCCCAUACUUCCCAUAGAGUAGACUUAGGCCCAUUAAGAGCUAGAAAGGUUCUUUAUUCAGCUUGGUUUCAAAUGGCGUCAUGGAAACCCGUCUAUGUUUGGACAAACUUAGGUUAUCAGCCCCUCGUCCUCAAUGGUCAUGUCCGUUAGACUGGCAGCGGGGGUUGGAAGACGUUAUUGAUUCGGGUGCAUUUUACACGAACACAUCGUGACCCUGACUGAUCAGAUGGCGCCCACCUCCUUGCACAGCAGUGGACUCAUGGCGGCGUCAAAAAAUUGGGCCGGGGAGGCAAGAUAGCCUC